UCGGGGCAAGACUAAGACUAAGGCUAAGAUGGGUAACGGGGUCAACGCUCCAGAUUCAGAUUUGUGAACUCGAACAAAUUCUCUCAAGCUUCAUCAUCCUGAUCUCCAUUCGAGCUAGUCUUUUUAUGCAAAUGGGUGUUCGUGUUCCAAUGGCCGUUUGCAACUAUCGAGUAUUUCUGAGCUUCAGAGGACCAAAUUCACGCGACAGUUUUGUCAAGUACUUCUACGACCGGCUCAGAGGCUCGGGGAUUGUGGCAUUUCUAGAUCGCAAAGAGAUCAAGUACGGUGAAAAGAUCGAUAACAAGAUCGUGGAAGCCAUCAAGCAUUCCGACAUCUGCAUCCCUGUAUUCUCCGAGGACUUCGCUUCUAGCCCAGCUUGCCUGAUGGAAGUGGCCCAAAUGGUGGAGUCGGAUAAAGAAAUUCAUCCCGUUUUCUUUGGCGUGGAGCCCUGCGUCGUUCGCCGUCAGCUGGGAACAUAUGAAAAGGCAUUUGCCGAGCACGAGCGCAAAAACAGAUAUCCCGGGUCAAUUGAAAAGUGGAAGGCUGCUCUGAGAGAGAUUGGUGAUAUUAGGGGACCGGUUUUCAAGGAUCUCUUCAGCGGGUAUCAAGAACUAGAGGAUUUCAUUUCUGAACUUUGGAAACUCUUGAAGAUGGAUGAGCAAGACGUGACUAAAAAUUUAGUUGGAAUAGAUAGAGACAUGCCAGAGAUGAUGCGAAAGCUUGGUUUCAAAUAUCAGGAUGGACAAAUUGUUAAAGAAAAGGAGAUGACAGGGAGAUGGGUGCUUGCAGUGUGCGGUCUGCCCGGGGUUGGCAAAACCACUCUUGCAAAGGUGGUAUACAACAAAAUCGGUCACCUAUUUGAAGGUUGUAGUUUUCUUGAAAAUGUUCGGGAUAAGAUUGAACAAAAAAGUGUGGUAUCUCUGCAGAAGAAGUUAAUUCGUGACCUCAAGAGAGGAGAAUGUCCAAAGGUGGAAUCCUCCCAUCAAGGUACCACAAUUAUACAGCACCUAUUCAAAACAAACAGAGUUCUCAUUGUCCUGGAUGAUGUGGACGACCUUAAACAAAUCAAACCAUUGGCUGAGCAGCUAACUUGGUUUGAUCUGGGAAGCAUUAUCAUCCUCACGACCAGAAGAAAAAAUGUCAUCGAAAAUUAUUGCAAGGUUCAAAAAAACAAGGAUCAUGAGGUAAAUGUUAUCCAUGAACAUGAGGUUUUAUCAAUGAGUGAAAAUCAUGCCCUUGAACUUUUCUGUAUGCAUGCUUUUGGACUAGAUCAUCCGCUAGAGGGCUACCAUGAAAUGUCAAGCGAAAUCACUUCUGCUAUCGGAAAUCUUCCUUUUGUUGUUGAAACUGUGGGAAAAUAUUUGUAUUGGAAGAGCAAAGAAAUAUGGACGGAGACUCUGAAUCAUUUAAAAAGAGGGCUGGAAGAAGAAGUGGAACGAAUGUUGAAGAAAGACUUUGACCAUUUGAGUGAAAAUGCAAAACAAAUAUUUCUUGAUAUAGCAUGUUUCUUUACCGGGGUUGAAAAGAGAAUCCCCUUUUACAUGUGGGCUGCCUGUGGAUGUGACCCAUAUAGAGGUGUCGGUGACCUUCAAAGUAUGUCUUUUCUAAAAAUUGGAGAAGAAAAUGAGUUUUGGGUGCACAAUCAACUAAAAUUCUUGGGAAGAGAAAUUGUCAAGAAAGAAGAUAAAGACCCCGGGCAGCGCAGCAGGCUAUGGGAUUACAACGAUGUCCAAACAACAUUGCGCGAAAAAAAGGGUACCAGCAAGGUUGAAGCUCUUCGUGUGACCCCCAAUUUUAAUCAAGUUGAUGGUGAAGUAUUUCAUCAUCUAUCAAGUCUGAGGUUUCUUGAGUUGGACAAUGUUGAUAUUGAAGGAAAUCCUGAGAAUCUUCUUCCAAAGCUAGUAUGGCUUGAUUGGCGCGGAUGCCAUGAGAAAUCUAAGUUGUUUGCAUUCAAAAUGGAAAACCUGGUAAUUCUCAACUUAUGCCCAAGCUCAGUCAAAUUGAAUUUGGAAGACUGGAAACAAUUGAUGGAGAAGGCUGGGAGUUUGAAAGUCUUGAACCUAAAAGGUUGUACUUGGAUCAAUUCAUGUCUGGAAUUCCCUGCCUCAACGCAGUUAGAAUGCUUGGUCCUGGAAGGUUGUUUAUUAUUAAGCCCAACGACUCAGAAAUCCAUUUCUAACUUUGAGAAUUUAGUUUCCUUAAACAUGAAGUGUUGCAAAUUCGUUAAAGAUUUGCCACAAGCACUGUGUUCCAUGAAAGCAUUGAAAGAGCUUCUCAUUGAUGGAACUAAAAUUGAAAGACUUAAAUUCGAGGAAGGCUCUCUGCCGGCACUUGAAAUUCUCAGUGCUUGCAAAUGUGAAGCAUUGGGUGAUGUCACUGAUUCCAUUAAAUUGUUAAAGAAUCUUCGGAAGCUUAUUUUAAGAAGUUGCAAAAACCUAAAAGAACUUCCGGCUGUCAUUGGAGAGCUUGUUUCACUACAGGAAAUGGACCUGUCGGAGACCUUAAUUAAGGAAUUACCUCCUUCUGUCAAAUAUUUGGAAAAUCUUGAAGUGUUAAAGAUGGUUGGUACUUACCUAAAAGGAAUUCCUGAAGCCAUAAAAGAUCUUAAGAAGCUUAAAGAGUUGGAUUUCACCCACUGCGGAAGUUUGACGGGACAUUGCAACAUUCAGGGAUUGUUCUCUUUGAGAAUCUUGAGAUUAAAAUACACAAGAAUUUCUGAAGUGCUCGCCAGAGAUGAAGGGCAAUUUUGUCUCCACAUCCUUGAGUUAGCUGAUGGUGUCACUAGGCAGACGGCUUCAUAAUUUCGCUUUAGCUCAGACCUUGUUGUUGACAAAAUGCAGAUGAUCCUGUGUAUGUCAUGCUUUAGUCUUGAAGGUGGAAAA